UUAGAAGAGUGCUGCACGAGUCAGCUGGCACACCACUCCAAUCGUUCGCUCUGCCACGCCGUUCUGUGACUGAUGAUGCGGCAGGCUCUUUUCUUGGCGUAUCUGGUGCUGCUCGCAGAAUGCCUUCCAUGCACCGGCGAUGAGUUCUGCUCCUCCAUCGGUCCUCACUGCCUUGGGCAUGCGGACGGCCAUGCAGUAGUGCAUGAACGCCUUUGGUGCAGUGGACUUCUUCUUGAGGAAGUAGGCCUGCAUAUAGCGGCUGUAGUCAUCCACCAUGACCAUCAGAUACUUGAAUUCUCUCUCGCUGAGUUGCUUGAUCUGCGCCAGGUCGACGUGCACUAAAUCACCAGGCGACGAGUGACGGAAUGCAUUUCCCAAGUAUGACCGAAUCUUCAUCUUGGCUUGAAAACACAUAUCGCACUUAUGCUGCUCUCCCUCCUUCUUCUUGCCUUUCUUGACAAUAGAUGCGUUGCGGCAGACUUCAGGUAGUCGGUCGACGGUUACAUCGUGGUAGUGGAGCAAGCGCUGAUAGGCAAGCGGCUCAGUGAUGACCUCGGCUACCAUCACUCCUGCUUGCUCGCCAUUUCCCUCAGCAGGUAAACAGAGGGAUGCGCCAUCACCACCACACGAGUCGAUCACGGUUGCUGCUGGUGUCUUGUGCUCUGUCGCCGGUAGGCCAUGUGGAUGCGAGUAGAUGGGGCAGUCGUUGGCAUCCCUGUAGAUGUCCAGGUACCAGAAACGACCACGUCUGAUGAGUGGGUAGCGGUCUCCUCUCCUUGUUGCGGUCAUGUGGGCUGCACCGGGGCCGAUAACGAACUCGAUGCAGAAUUUAUCUACCAGGUAAGCGACGGAGAAUAGGUUGAACUUCAGAUCAGGCACGUACAGCACACCAUCCACACACACGGUCUUCUUGCCGUUGUUGACCUCUUUGCAGGUGUACUUGAUGCGGCCGACACCUCUGGCUGGUACAGACGUGCCAUCGGCCGUGACGAUCUUGAUGUGUCGGUCGAGUGGCUUGAUCUCGUCGAAGAGAAACUGCUGGUGGCAGCAUGUCUUGCCGGCUCCUGAAUCGAUCAUCAUCGAGGUAGGUCAUACAGACACACCACUGACGUUGACCACCUCUUCCUCGCGCUCAAUGGCCGUGACAGUCCCCACCAUCUCCAUGUCGGUCACUCUCUGGUUGCAGGUGUCGUCGAUCUGAUCACACCCGUCGAGUUGAUACGCCUGAAUGCGUUGAUUGCGGUUGUUCAUGCCGUUCGUGCUCGCGGCAUUCAUGAUGAUAUCUCCAUCCUUGUCGUGACGGACGAUGGGCUGCUGCUGCCGCCCACCAUUGCUCCCUUGAUGUCCUCCAUUGCCACUCGGGUAGGUGCGGAAAGGCGCCCCUGAUGAGUUCCACUGAUUGCCGUUCCUUCUAUUGUUGUUGUGGUUGUUGUGGCUGUUGCCGUAGGUUUGGCCGUUGCCGUUUGGUUGGCGUCGCCAUUCGUAGCGGUUCUCACGGUUGUCUCGGUAAGGCCGUUCGUUGUUCCUGUUGCCUCCUUGAUACAUAUCAGGUCGAUUGCCGUUGUGUGGCUGACUGUGUUGGCGACCAUUCUGGUUGCCCCUUUGUCGAUUGCGGUCACGCUGCUGGCUCAUCCUUCUCGCAUGCUGCAUGCGGUCGUUGGCAUUGCGGAGGGCUUCUUCGAAUUGCUCCCAUGUGAGGUCGUUGAAGCGGUAGUCCAACGAGCUCUUGAAGCGCUCGAAUCGAGGAGGUAGGGCAUUGACCAUGAUGGCAAUCUUCGUGUUGUCGGUCGGUUUCUCUCCCAU